GGGUAGCUUAGCUCGUGCUCCUUGAACAACCCGAAACAUUUCUUUUGAGGGAAAAUGACAAGGCUCGCAUAGCGGACAGAGCAGCUUAAACAUGAGGAGUUUACUGUUAAUCACCCUCCUGGCUCCUUGUUGGGUCAACUGUGCCAUAAAAUCCAGAGUAACGACGGAGGAGACGGAGGAAAAGCCAGAGUUUGGUGAUCUGGACUCCAUCCUGUCAGACUAUCAAGUGCUGUCUUCGUCGGAGCUGCAGCUCCACUCUGUGAGGAAGAGGGACGUCCACACUCACUCACACCUGGAGAGGCUGGUCACCUUCACAGCCCUGCACAGAAAUUUCAAGCUUUAUUUGACCACAAACGCACACCUUUUCACUGACAACUUCAAAGCUGUGUUUGUUGAUAAAGACGGGAGGGAGAAGAACCACAAUGUUCAGCUUCAGAACUAUUUCACUGGACAUGUUGUUGGGGAGGAGAAUUCUCGUGUGCAGGCACACAUCGAUGGAGAUGAGUUUUCUGCUCAUAUCCUCACAGAUGAAGCAGAAUACAAUGUAGAGCCCCUGUGGAGGUUUACAGAUUCCCUAACUGAUGGAAGGCUGCUGGUUUAUCGCUCAGAUGAUAUCAGGAAUCUGAGCCGCGUUGCCUCUCAAAAAGUGUGUGGUUACAUCAAUGCGGAGGCAAAGGACCUUCUGCCUCAGGCUAGCAGGAGGAGCUGGGAGGAGCAUGACGGGGGGGACGUGGAAAACGAGCACCUUCACAGGGAGAAGAGAUAUGUUCACGACCACAAGAAGAAUACCUGCCCCCUGCUGCUGGUUGCAGACUACCGCUUCUUUAGACACAUGGGCCGUGGCCAAGAGAGCAUCACUCUCAACUACCUGAUCGAGCUGAUCGAUCGAGUUGAUGACAUUUAUAGGAACACCACCUGGGACGAUGAAUUCAAAGGCUAUGGGGUUCAGAUCCAUCAGAUGAUUAUCAAUAAGGAGCCGACAAAGCCUCCCUCUGGCCAUGCUGGCAGUGACUGGGUCCAUUAUAAUAUGGAGAACAGUCCUGUGAAAGGAAAGGCAGUCUGGGAUGUGAAGAAACUUCUGGAGCAAUUCAGCUCGGACAUAGCUGACAACGCCUCCACUGUGUGUCUGGCCCACCUCUUCACCUACCAGGAUUUUGACGAGGGGACGCUGGGGUUGGCCUAUGUGGCUCCUUCUAAACCUCAAGCCCUUGGUGGCCUCUGCCCAAAACCUUAUUACCCAUCCCACCAUGCCAAGAAGCCCAGUUACCUCAACACAGGCCUGACCAGCACCAAGAACUACGGCAAAACUAUCCUCACCAAGGAAGCAGAUUUAGUGACCACUCAUGAGCUGGGUCACAACUUUGGAGCAGAACAUGACCCUGACAACAUCCCUUACUGUGCUCCCAGUGACGACCACGGGGGGAAGUUUGUCAUGUACCCCAUAGCUGUGAGCGGAGAUCAUUACAACAACAAGCGCUUCUCCAACUGUAGCAAGAUCUCUGUUGGAAAGACGUUGCGUUUCAAGGCUCCUGUGUGCUUCAGAGAGAGGAACAGUAAAGUCUGUGGAAACUCUAGAGUGGAGGAAGGGGAGGAGUGUGAUCCUGGGUUACUUCAUCUCAAUGAUGACCCAUGCUGCUCUGCAGACUGCAAGUUCAAACCCAAUGCAAAGUGCAGUGACAGAAACAAUCUGUGCUGUAGGGAUUGCAACUUUCAGCCGGCAGGAACAAGAUGCCAGGAACCCAUUAGUGCCACCUGUAAAGGCAUAUCUUCCUGCACAGGCAACAGCAGCCAGUGUCCACCUCCUGAAAAUGCUGUUGAUGGCACAGUUUGUGUCGACAACGGGCAGUGUCGUAAUGGAGAGUGUAACCCGUUUUGUGAAGCCCUGCAGAAACUUCAAUCCUGCGCCUGCAAUGAUACUGACGACUCCUGCAAAGUGUGCUGCAGGGGAAAAGAUGGCAUCUGCUCUCCCUUCACCCAGUCAAAUGGGAGUUUCCUUUUUCUCCGCAAAGGCAAACCCUGCACUGUUGGCUUCUGCGAUGGAGACGGGAAGUGCAUGAAGCAGGUACAGGACGUGAUCGAGAGGUUGUGGGAUUUCAUCGACAAGCUGGACAUAAACACAUUUGGAAAGUUCUUGGCUGAUAACAUCGUUGGGUCGGUCGUGGUGUUUUCUCUCAUCUUCUGGAUUCCUUUGAGUAUUCUGGUUCACUGUGUGGACAAACGACUUGACCAGCAGUACGAAGAGAACACAAAGACCUUUUACUACCCUCCAAGUAAUCAAGACAUGCUGACCAACCUCGAGUCAGCAUCCGUGCGCAUCGUCAAGCAACCUCAACCUCCCUUCUCCUUCGCCGGCCGGACCGUGCACUCCUGCCAGUCCUCCCAGCCUCAGCAGCUGAGCCACGCUUUGGCCCCUCCUGCAGCCAGCAGCAGCAGUACCCCGGACCCCGGCCCGAGCUGCGCCGGCACCCCGGACAGCGCAGGGGGACCGCGGAUGGCAACAAUCCAGGAGGACACCAGCAGCGGCUCUCACCUGGGAGAGGAGGGCCUGUCAGACGAUUUCACAACCGCAGGAGCCUCCUCGUCGGCUACGAAAUCCUCCUACGAGGAUCUGACAGAACAGAAAGCAUCAGCCAAGGACAGGCGGCGCCUCCAGAGGCAGGAGUGCAUUGACAGUAAAGAAACGGAGUGUUGAGAGGAAACAAGUAUCUCUUUCUGUUCAAAUCAAAAUAGAAGUUUCCUGAUUAUUUAAAGGAACCUAAACUCACCGCUACUGGUGUGGAACAUAUAUAGCAAGCAUCUUUUAGAGUUCUGGUCUGUUUUUUAAGUCACUUCUAAGUUAAAUGCAACCACUAUAAGGAGCCAUACAGCCCCUUAACUACUGUCAGUUCACUUCUCUUUGUGCCUUUUUAAGUUUUGUUGAAGACAAAGAUUGUAGACGAUCUGUGUACAUAAAUCUGGCACAAAAUGACUCCUUUAACACAUCAUUUUAUAGUCUUUUUUUAACACUUUGGUAAACUGAACCAGAUUUGUUUUUGCACACUUUUAAAUGCUUGCUCACCUAACAAACUUGCUGGCGUCUUUGACCUAAUGCUCGAGUCAUUUAUGUUACAUUUUAUUAAUGCUGUGACUCAUAAUUGUCUUUUAAAAGAAAUUUUUCACUGGGAUACAAAGAUACGGGACUUAUACUUUAAAAUUGAUGUUAUAACUGCACUUAAAAAUCUUUAAGCAUCACUGGAGGAUUCAAGUUUCGCACACAUUGAGUUUUGUAUUAAUUAUUUUCUUUAAAAAUCACAAGCUUGUAAAAUAUGACCCCUUUAUACCUGUAUUACAACUUUAUUUUGUUUUCACGGAGGUAGCAUUAGUCUCAGUAUUACAUUUGUUUUAUUGAAAGGGGCAGCUGAAAGUAAGAAAGAUGUAUCUUGUGCUUCCAGUAAUGCGAUAGUUUAAAACCUGAUCUUUCUUCAGUUGAUGGUUUCAUUUGCAAAAUCUGGUGCCUUUUAUGGAAUUGGUGCCUAACUUGUUCCAUUCUGGCUUAUUUGUGUGUAGAAAUACAGAAGUAGUUCUUUCAUUUUCCUUUGGUAAUACUGUCAAUGCCGUUACUGUUUCACAUAACC